CUCCUUUCUCUCUCUAUUCUCCUUCUUCUGCGCAGCCACACUUCAAUUCGCCUCUGCUCAGCGCCUUUCGAUUAUAAUUUUUAUUCCUUUAUUAUUCUUGUUGGGUGCAAUUCUCUUCUUCGCUUUCGUGAGCAGCGUUCUAAAGCAAAAGUUUACAGAUUUUUUUCCUUCUCUUUUCAGGGGGGGCGGGGAGAGAGAGAGAGAGAGAUUCCUGGUCAUACGUGUUCGACGUGUUUCUCUAGAGAGAGAAGUUACAGCGGCGGAGCUUUGUAAGAUGGACAGAGAUUUUCUGGGCUUGGGUCCGAGAGCACAUCGGCUUCCCCAGGAAGAAGAUGGCAAUCCCGAGCUACGCGGACCCGGAAUGCAGUGGUCAUUCUCGAACGAGGGCUCUGCUCCUUCUCAGCUCCUUUCUUUCAAGGCCUCGUCGGAUGAGGGGCUGGGGAAGGGCGCCCGGGAUUCGUUGGCGGCGUCUGGAUCUAUGAUUGCGUCUCAGUUGGAUGUCGAGAGGAACAGGUUUGGCGACAGGCAAGCAGGAAGCUUCUAUGUGACGACGGCUUACCCUCAGCGGCACCUGAAUGCGCAGCCGAUCUGCCGGCCCCAAGAAGCGAGGACUUUCCCUUCCCCGAAGCAUCUCAGUCAAGUGGCCACUCCAGUCCUUCAGUCCCAUGCGGUGUCGGCAUCUGCCGAGCUAAACGUGAUUUGCUCCUCUGCAAAACCGCCGUCUCUCAGGGGAUUUACGUUUGUCCCUCCUGCAUCAGUUCCUCCGACUUCGACUUCUCUGGUCGGCUUCACUGACGCUAGGAAUGCUGCGAGAUCCCCUGCACCACCAGCUCAGUUGACCAUCUUCUUCGGCGGUUCGGUAUACGUGUUCGAUGAUGUAUCUCCAGAAAAGGCUCAGGCGAUCAUGUUGCUGGCUGGGAACGGUUCUUCUGCAUCUGGGACUAAGACCGUUCCAUCGACUCAAAUUCAAGCGCCAAUCGCACCGAUCACCAGACCUGUGCCUGUUGAUGAUUUGAACAGGAGCGGAAGAUCAUCAAUGCUCUCGUUUUCUGCAGUCCCGAGCAAUGUGGAUCAGAGGAGAGGGAAAGCCGUUGGAGCCUACGAUACAUCUAUCAGACGACCCGAGACUCCAAAAGCAAUAACUUCUGUGGCACCGGCUAGACCGACUAUUCUUCCGGCCGUUGCUCUACCUCAGGCUCGGCAGGCGUCCUUGGCUCGAUUUCUAGAGAAGCGCAAAGAAAGAGCGAUGACCACGUCGCCUUAUGCGCCAGGCAGGAGUUCUCCAGAUCAUACUGACUCAGCUUCGGACAGCCUUAGCCGCUCCACCAUUUCCACCGCCUCUUGCCAUCGCAUCGACAUCAACCAGAAGCUAUAGCAACCGUCUUCCGACGAGGAAUCCCGACGCCGGUUUUGGUCCUAGAUGGAAUUUUUUUUUUCAGCCAUGACUCUCGGUUGAAAGUCAAUUAGUCCUAAUGCUUUCUAGUCCUAUGUUAUAUUUCCCUCUCCUACUUGCUGUCUCCUCGAUCCGAUUUUUUGAGAAAGACCACGCGAGUCCAUCUCGCCCUUCCUUCCUAUUCGCCGUGUAAUGGUCAAAGUUUUGCUCCGGCUCAGAGCCGGGUGUAAAUGUAAUUCAAGAAGCGUUUCUGGGCAGCGCAGCAAUUCGAACGUGGUCCGAUUCGUGCUGCACAA